UUAGCCAAAAAGUUCUCACUUCAGAAACAUAUUUUUCUAAAAAAUACCUUUUAUUUGAUUCAGUCCCCUCCUGCCGAAGCAAAAGCCGCUGUAAAAACUGCCAUCGAGACCGGGUAUCGUCUGAUCGACACCGCUGCUUGCUACGAAAAUGAAGAGGCUGUUGGAGAAGCUUUGAAGGAGUUGAUUCAAGCUGGAAAAAUCAAACGCGAUGAGAUUUUCAUUACCACCAAGGUAACUUUUUUAUUGAUCAUUACUUCUAUAUGA